AUGCCGACGAGUGAAGAAAGAGAAUCACUUGUUGCCCAUCAUGGUGGUUCUGAAGGUCAUUUUGACUUGUCUGCAGAGCAAUUAAGUGAAUUGUUUGACCCCAAGAACGAAGAUCUUCUCAAAAAAUUAGGUGGCGUAAAGUCUAUUUGCAAGAAAAUCCAAGUGAACACAUCGGUUGGUCUCUCUGCUGACGAGGGCUCCAGCCAAUCUGAUCAAUCAGCGUUCCAAGAUCGUCAAGCUCAUUUUGGUAAAAACAUAUUGCCUGAGCCAAAGACAAAGACAUUUUUGCAAUUGCUAUGGGCUGCUUAUAACGAUAAAACCCUUAUUAUGUUGAGUAUUGCUUCUUUGGUGUCAUUGGCUGUUGGCAUCUGGGAGGAUUAUUCACCUCGCCACCCUGAAGAUGAACCUCGUGUUGGAUGGGUUGAGGGUACUGCCAUUAUCGUCGCUGUAUUAGCUGUUAUUUUGACAAAUGCCGUCAAUGAUUAUCAAAAGGAGGCUCAAUUCAAAAAGUUGAAUGCAAAGAAGGAAGACAGAGUGGUUAAGGUAUUGCGUAGUGGUCGUGAGCAACAGAUCAGCGUGUAUGAUAUCAAUGUUGGCGAUGUAUUGAUGUUGGAGCCCGGAGACAUUAUCCCUGUGGAUGGUCUCUUUUUGGAGGGCCACAAUAUGGCCUGUGAUGAAUCCUCUGCUACGGGUGAAUCAGACACUAUGAAGAAGAAGCCUGACGGCAAGGGCGAUUGUUUCAUCUUGUCUGGCUCCAAGGUACUGGAAGGCGUUGGUCGUGCUGUUGUCGUCGCUGUGGGCGAGAACUCAUUCUUUGGUAAAACCAUGAUGUCUAUGCGUGGUGACGAAGCUGAAGGCACUCCUUUGCAAAUGAAGUUGGAUACACUCGCUGAGCAGAUUGCAAAGAUGGGUUUCGCUGCUGCCAUCUUGAUGUUGUUGGCUCUUGUGAUCAAGUAUUUCGUUACAGCUGCUCUUGCACCUGAGUUCCCUCCUGCUGCUGAUAUUGCUGCUGCCAUGAUCUCUAUUGUUAUUCAAGCUAUUACCAUUAUUGUCGUUGCUGUGCCCGAAGGCUUGCCCAUGGCCGUCACCAUGGCUUUGGCUUUUGCCACUACACAAAUGCUCAAGGAUAGUAAUCUUGUACGUGUCUUGGCAGCUUGUGAAACAAUGGGUAACGCCACAGCUAUCUGCUCUGAUAAGACUGGUACAUUGACUCAAAACAAGAUGACCGUUACUGAAGGCACGUUGGCCGAAGAAUCUUUUGAAUCCCAAGAAGAAACCAAAGAAUGGUCCAAGAACGUUGACAAGAAGAACGUAUUGCCUCUCAUCUACGAAGCCAUCGCUCUCAACUCGACUGCUUUUGAAGGAAAGGACGAAGAUGGCAAGCCUGAUUUCGUUGGUUCCAAGACUGAAUGUGCUCUUUUGGGCUUCACUAAAGGCUUGGGUAGCUCUUAUGAAGAUCUCCGUCAUGACGCCACGAUUGCCAAAGUAUAUCCCUUCGCCUCCAAGCGCAAGACAAUGACAACCAUCUCUGAAAUCAAGGAAAACUCUGCUCCCUCUACUUCGAAUGGCGAUUACAGAGUGCACGUCAAGGGUGCUUCUGAAAUUGUAUUGGAAGCUUGUAAAUAUUAUAUCAACAACAAGGGCGAGAGUCAAGAACUCGACGAGAAAGCCUCCAACAAGUUUAACGGCAUUAUCUCCUCCUAUGCUGAUAAGGCUCUCCGUACUAUUGCUUUAGCUUAUCGUGAUAUCUCCAAGUCCAAAUACAAGAAGGUCAAUGAUGAUGAGCCUCCUCUUGAAGAGUUGACUUUGAUUGGUAUUGUUGGUAUUAUGGAUCCGUUGCGUCCUGGUGUCGUUGAGUCCGUUAGUGCCUUUAGACAAGCUGGUGUUUUUGUUCGCAUGAUUACUGGUGAUAAUUUGAAUACUGCAAAGGCUAUUGCUCGCAAUGCUGGUAUCUUGACCAAGGGUGGUGUUGCUAUGACUGGUCCUGAAUUGCGUGCCAUGUCUGUUGAAGAACAGCGCAAAGUCAUUCCUCGUUUGCAAGUGUUGGCUCGUUCAUCUCCCACUGAUAAGACUAUUGUUGUCACUCGUCUUCAAGAGCAAGAUCAAGUGGUUGGUAUGACUGGUGAUGGUACUAAUGAUGGUCCUGCUCUCAAGUUGGCUGAUGUCGGUUUCUCUAUGGGUAUUGCUGGUACUGAAGUCGCCAAAGAAGCCUCUGAUAUCAUCUUGAUGGAUGAUAACUUUAAUUCCAUCUUGAAGGCUUUGAUGUGGGGUCGUGCUGUCAAUGAUGGUGUUCGCAAGUUUUUGACUUUCCAAUUGACUGUCAACAUUGCUGCUGUUGUCUUGUCUUUUAUCUCUGCUAUUGGUUCUGAAAACGCUGAAAGUAUAUUGAGCGCUGUUCAAUUGCUUUGGGUCAAUUUGAUUAUGGAUACUUUGGCUGCCCUGGCUUUGGCUACUGAACCUCCCACUGAGGAUUUGCUCCAACGCAAGCCUAUUAGCAAGUAUGCUCAUUUGAUUAACUACCGCAUGGCCAAGAUGAUUCUCGGUCAAGCCAUCUUCCAAAUCAUCAUCAACUUGAUUGCCAUCUAUUUGGGUCCUCGUAUCUUCCAUUUGGGCGAUACUACCUACGAUCAAGAAGUGUUGCGUACUAUUGUCUUCAACAUCUUUGUCUUUUUGCAAGUCUUUAACGAAAUCAACUGCAGACGUAUCGAUAACACGAUCAAUGUCUUUAAGGAUAUGUUUGAUAACUGGAUUUUCAUUGCUGUCCAAGUUGCUGUCGUUUUAGGUCAAUGGUUGAUUGUUACAUUCGGUGGUAUUGCUUUCAAGACUGUGCCCUUGACUGGCCAUCAAUGGAUUGUCACCAUCUUGAUUGGUGCCUUGUCUAUUCCUGUUGGUACCAUCAUUCGUCUGAUUCCUGACUGUGGCUGCGAACGUCGCUUCAACGAAGAGGCCAAGCCUUUAGCUACUUACUCUCGUAUGACCUGGGAAGGUGCUAUCGGUGAUGUCCGUGAUGAAUUGCGUGUCUACUCCUUGUUGCGCCGUAGCCGUGGUAGUAAAUCUCGUGAUAUUCCUGCUCGUUCCAACACUCGCAACUCUAACAACGAACACAUGGCAUUCAGUGCUCCUAAUACCAAUUAUGGCGCUACUAGCAAUGGUAACGGCAAUAAGAACAGAUUCGCUGACCUUGUUAAGAAUGCUCAAAAGUAUCAACAACAAAAUGGCAAUCAAAAUAAUGAAAACUAA